AUUGGGCGGGAGGAGCCGCCCCUCAGCGGGAGUGGUUAGGCGGUCUGUCGAUCUCCGCCCGUAGCCACGCCUACUCACCGUCUCCGCCGCGCGGCACCAGGUUAGGUUGCCAUAAUCAGCCGAGGUUUGUGUGAAGUACCUACGGCCCCCGAAACAACAUGAGCGCAGAUCAGGAGCACAUGUCUGAUGACAUGCCUACGAUAAAGUCCGAAAACCGGACCGGAGGAGGUGGAUUCAUCCAGAAGGGGCAGGAUUCUCAGCCAUCUCCUUUGGCCUUGUUGGCUGCCACCUGUAGCAGAAUUGAGCCCCCCGAGAAUGGAAAUGGUAACAACCAGCAACAGGGUGCUACAGAAUUGGAUCUGAGUACUGCUCAAAUUGCCCAGACAGCAAAUGGCUGGCAGAUUAUUUCUACAGGUGCUUCCAAGGAUCAAGCUGGCGGAGAUGCUUCUUCUAAAAACCGCCCAAUAGCCCCUGGGCAGUUUGUGGUAGCUGCACCCAGUGUGCAAAAUCAGCAGGUUUUGACCAGUUUGCAGAGUGUGAUGCCCAACAUUCAGUACCAAGUCAUACCACAAUUCCAGACUGUUGACGGGCAACAGCUCCAGUUUACCAAUGUCCAGCAAGAUGCUUCAGGCCAGUUGCAGAUCAUCCCAGCUACUAACCAGCAGAUUAUCACCACUAAUCGCACUGGUACAGGGAACAUACUUACUAUGCCAAACUUAUUACAGCAGGCAGUCCCUAUUCAGGGUAUGGGUCUAACCAACAAUGUCCUCUCAGGGCAGACUCAGUACUUAACCAAUGUCCCUGUUGCUCUUAAUGGUAACAUUACUCUGCUUCCCGUAAGUGCGGCUUCCCUCACUCCAACAUCUCAGUCAGUGACUAUUAGUGGAACUCAGGAAAACAUAUCUCAGCCAGUUACUUCAGGGGUGGCUAUCAGCUCAUCCCAGUUGGCUACUUCCCAGGCUAACACUGGCAUGUUCUUUACCAAUGCCAAUACCUUCUCCACUAGUACCACCCCAAGUAAUUACCUUAUGAACUGUAGCAGUGGAGGCAGCACACCGGGCACCAAUGUCCAGGUGUCUCAGAGAUCUACAGGGCAGCUAAGCUUAUUUACUGACUCUGUGCAACAAGGAAAUGGAAACCUUCAGCAGGUACAGCAGAAAGACGGUGACCAGCAACAGCAGCAAAUUCUCAUACAGCCUCAAAUAGUCCAAAGUGGGCAGACAAUCCAGGCUCUGCAGGCAGCUCAGCUGUCCGGUCAAACCUUUAGUACACAGUCCAUAUCCCAAGAUGCCCUACAGAAUCUUCAAAUUCAGACCUUGCCAAACACUGGUCCAAUUAUUAUCCGUACACCUACUGUAGGUCCAAAUGGCCAAGUUACCUGGCAGACCAUCCAGUUGCAGAAUCUGCAAGUUCAGAAUCCACAAGCUCAGACCAUCACUCUUGCUCCAAUGCAGGGGGUUUCUUUUGGGCAGUCUGGCAAUACUAAUACUCUCACAUCAAUGCCUGCUGGUACAGUAACUGUCAACGCUGCUCAGCUGUCAUCCAUGUCUGGCCUGCAGACCAUUAAUCUUGGAGCAUUGGGAGCCUCCGGUAUUCAAGUGCACCAGCUUCAAGGAGUACCUCUAACAAUAACCAAUGCAGCUGGGGAUGCCAGUGGCCAUCUGAGCAUUCAUGCAACAGGUGCUGAUGGGCUCCACGAUGAUCAUUCGGCUAUGGAAGAGGGUGAAACAAGUCCAGAUCCACAGCCACAACCUGGACGCAGAAUGCGUAGAGAGGCCUGCACCUGUCCAUACUGCAAAGAGGGCGAGGGAAGGGGUUCGGGGGAUCCAGGGAAAAAGAAGCAGCACAUCUGCCACAUUCCAGGGUGUGGAAAAGUGUAUGGGAAGACCUCUCACUUACGUGCACACUUGCGGUGGCACACAGGAGAACGCCCCUUUGUCUGUACUUGGGUGUUUUGUGGUAAACGUUUCACACGAAGCGAUGAACUUCAGAGACAUAAGCGCACCCAUACUGGUGAGAAAAAGUUUAUUUGCCCCGAGUGCCCAAAACGCUUCAUGAGGAGUGACCAUUUGUCCAAGCACAUAAAGACGCAUCAGAAUAAGAAGGGCCCGGGUGGCCCCAUCGCCAUGACAACCGUAAACCUGGACACUGGAGCGGGCUCUGAUGGCAGCGCUGCUUCAACUCCAACCCCCCAGACCCUCAUCACAACAAACAUGGUUGCCAUGGAAGCAAUAUCUCCAGAGGGCAUUGCCCGGCUGGCGAGCAGCGGUAUAAACGUCAUGCAAGUGGCGGAUCUUCAGUCAAUCAAUAUUAGUGGCAAUGGCUUCUAAAAUCCAGUGUUUUGGAAGGACUAUUUGUUGACAAUAAAUAAGUGUGUUGGAAUGGGUGGGAGGUUAGGCUCUAUAGUAAUGUAAUGACAUUGGGUCCAAAAAGAGGGGGUUAAACUGCUCUCCUGUCCAGUAAUGCAAGGGUGUGCCAGUUCACAUUACUCUUGAUGGAGCUUUUUUUUCCUGUCAUAUUGUAUCCCUUCUUUAACAGCACUGAUUAUUCAUACAUGUAGUUACUGGGAGAGACCUCCUUGUCCUCCUCAGAAAAAAUACCUGCAUUGUAUAUUUCACCAGGAUAUUUCCAGAUGUAUGCUUAUGCCAGCUCUGGGCAAAAGUUUCUUAUUUGCCCCCUUCGUGGGCCUCACGGAUUGUCCGGUUGCCCUUGUAAUGGUUAAUAUCCUGCCUCUGUACCACAGUCUUUAUGUUGGUGUGAAGAAGGCGCACAUUUCUCAGAACUCAUUUAUUUUUUAAUAUAAAUAUAUAUAUAAUAUUAAUAUUUCUAUUUUCUGCAUUUUACAAGCAAAGACUUAAGGUACCACCCAUAGCCAUCAUGCCUUGGUAAACCGAUUUAUCAAUGCAAUACGUUUUGUUUUCGUUAAACAGAGAUACUAUAACUAUAAAACUAGGUUCAGAUGAAAUACAAAUGCCAAAAAAUCUUUAUAUUCAUAUAUCUAUAUAUAACAAAUGCUUAGACCAAAAGUCGCUUUGGUCACUGCGUAGCCUUCGUGUUUUCUAAGUUAAUAAACUUUUUCGACUCUUGCAGUUUCUAAAAGCGAUUGGAAACGUUUUCUAUGUAAUUUGCAUUAUAGUUGUAUCUUCGAUGUUCGUUCCGGUUGAACAAGAAAGGAUAGGGUUUCUUACGGUAUGCUUUAACAUUGACAAACCUGCAGCAAUACUGGUAUAUAUUCAUUCUGCGUCUUUGUCUGCCCCCCCCCCCAUCGUUACCUUAAAGAUCAGAAACCAUAUCUAGGAUAGACCGCCCAGAAUCUAGCUUUGGUAGGAAUGUCGAAAGUACUGACACCCCUUUUUCUCUAUUUUUUUUUUUUGUCUUGCAAUUUAAGAUACUAAACAUAACUACCAGUUAAUCUAUAGUGCUCCAUAGAUACAGGGGCCACUUCUCAGAGUAUCGAUCGCAUCCAUUGCUUCCAGACGUGCUUAAAUAUAUAGACUCAAAGCACAUUAACUAAUGUAACCUCUUUUCUUCCAGCUUUUUUGUUAAUCAACUAAUUAAAUCCGUAGCAUAGUCCGGUGUUAGCAUUUUUUUUGUUCUCCCACACUGGCAUUGGAGAGGGACCUUUUAUACAAAUUGCUACUGUAAAUAAUAUAUAUAUAUUUUAUUUUGAAAACCGCAAUCGGUGGGACUUCCCUGCUACCUAUUUUUAUAUAUUAUUGCAUAGCCUAUACAUAAGCCAUUAAGUGAAAUGUAUUUUUAUACAGUUUUGCUACCCACCCAUAUCAUAACCGUUGGGGAGAGGGGGUGUUUUGCAUUCUGGAUAUGAAUAAGCAAUGGGGGGGUGUAACUGUUAUAAAUGACUUAUUGCUUGGCUGAUAUGAAAUCUGAAGCCUGUUGCCUUGGCGGUGGAUAUAGGGUUUUAUACAUUGAUUGUUAGCUCUUUCUGAUCAUCAAGAACGAUGGGUUGUCUUGGCCAAAGGAAAAAAAAAAAUAAGAAUCUGAUUGUGUCAGUUCCAGAUUGUCCUGCUAUUAUGCUAAUGAAACACUGUGCCUUUAAUAAUAAGGAUUAUAAAAUGUAAUGAAACCUUUAUUUAGGAAAAGCCAUUGCUUAAACAGACAUAAACAUCUUAAACUUUCUUUUUUUUUUCUUUUUAACUUAGAACGUUAGAACGUAAGCGUUGCUAAGGCAACACAAUGAAAUUGGAAAUGGAAAAUGCUAUGCAACAUAAUGGUAAUGAACUUGUUUUUCCAGUUAUAAUUUAGGAUGAUGUAUAUCCUGUUUUCUUCUUGUCUCCGCUUUGGCUAUUGAAGUGGGACUUUUGUUGUACAAGGUAAAGUAAUCGUAGAGAACUCGAUUCAACGUCUAGAUUAUUCUAUUAAUACAGAGCCUGUAAAUACAUUUUUUUUUCUCCUUUUUUUUUUUUUUUUUUUGUUUGACUUGGUCUCAGAUUGUUGUGUUUUACCAUGGAUUAGGAAGGAAGAAGUCAUUCUCUUUAUAGUACUGGGAAUCUUUUUGUAAGGGAUGGAGAGUAAAGGAGAAGGGAGCAGGCAGUUGCAGCAGACAACGGCUCAGGUCACCAUCAGCUGCUCUUCAUAAGGAAGCUACAGUUUUGCUGCUGGGAAGAGCUGCCACAGCCUUAAAGGAAUAGUAACACCAAAAUAUUGUAGUGUUUUAAAGUAAUGCAAAUAUAAUGUACUGUUGCCCUACACUGGUAAAACUGGUGUGUGUUAUAUAAACAAGCUACUGUGUAGCCAUUAGUGUGUGCGGGUCGGACUUUUCCCAAGCCCGACUUCUAUAGACCCGACCUGCCGAUGAUGAAACAAAAGGGGAGGGGUGAGAGGUCAACGUCUAUAAAAACUCAACACGGAAACCGGCAUUUGCGACCCGGAAAGGAGCGUCUGAGGUCGGCCUGACGCGUGGGUAUCUGGUCGGCCCACACAUCACUAGUAGCCAUGGGGGCAGCCAUUGAAAGCUGAAAAAGGAGAAAAAGCACAGGAUACACAGCAGAAAACAGUUAAGCUCUGUAGUCUUACAAUGGGAUUGUUCACAACUUAUCUGUUAUCUACUGUGUUCCCUGUGUUUGAAUGACUACACAGCACUACAUUAUAUUGUCAUUCUAUUAAAACACUUGCAUUUUUUGGUGUUACUGUUCCAAUAAGGGUAAUGUUAGCACCCAUGCGAUUUCUAGCUCAAGGAUGGGUGCUAGAAACGACCCCUGACCUUAGGGGACAUGCACAUACGUCACAGUAGUUUUUUAUGGUGGUCUAUGCAGGAUUACCACGUAGGCAUCAAUAGCUUCACCUGCCAUUGCUUUACAAGUAAUAUGAUACUUCAUCUGAGGGUUUGCUGUUCUACAACUAAUUCCCUGCCAAAGAUUUCAGCUGGCAUAAAGGGUAGCGUUGUGUUAUGGCUGGGUCUUGGGUAACCUCCAGCCCUGGUUUGAUUGAAUAGUGGUUGAGUUGAGGGAGUGGUUUUGAGGGUUGUCAUGGCAAGGUUUUGAUUGGUGCAACCAUACAGCAGGAUUGUUCAAUAGUACGUCCCAUUAGCUUCAAGGUGCUCUCUGAGUUUAUACAAAUAAAUUGCGCCAAAUAACCUGCUGCAUUUAACUGAAUUAACUCAUCUCUAGCCUAUCAGGGCCUUUUCAUUUCUAGCUGAAUAUGUUCACAUCCAAUAAAGCAUCUUCCUUUCACACAUAACCUUCCAUGUCAUUCUCUGUGCUGGGUUUGCUGGCUGAGGAUUGCAGUUUAUUUAUGGGAGCAGAAGCAACUCCCUGUACUCCUAGCAUAGUGCUGAAACACCAGUGCAAUCGUUCCAUGCAUUUAGUUUCCUUCUCCUAAUUCUAUAUGAAUUGACAACCUCUUUCUUUCUGUUUAUUGUGAUAAAUGCAAACUGUCAUCCUACCGUUAAGGCGGAUAAUUUGGUAUUUAUACAUGGGAAUUUCGAUUUUUCGAGCUUUCCACGGUCCACAGGCAGUGUCGUCGACUUUACAUUGUUUAUACUAUUGAAAUCAUUUGCUGUCUGCUUUGUAAGUUGCAGUUCUUCAAUGGGGAUCAGUCUGUUUCUUUAAAUGGAGAAGAUUAUUUCCAGUAUAAAGGGCGGGUACAUACCAGCAAUAUAUACAUGUGGUGGUUGGUAAAGCAGAAUUUUUUUUUGUUUUUUUUUUCUUUGUCGUCAUUUUUGUAAGUAGACAAGAGCAUGUUACCCCAUGUGUGAGUCUGUAGCGUUUCUCCAUGUCGGGGGGAGAUGCGGGUGGAGUUAGUGACACCUCUGCUUGACACAAGGCUUGGGUGGGGAAGGGGGGGCGUAAUGCAGAUUUACUAUCUCUGGGAACAUUAUAACAGUGCCUCGACCUUUAUUAACACACUGGCAAUAACAAAUACACCUUUAAAUAAAAGCUGUUUUAUAAUGUUUUGUUUUAAUGAAUUGAUGUAAUAAUGUUGGAAACCAUUUUAAAGGCAAGUUUCAUUUCCCCCCCCCCUUUUUGUACAGAGAAAACAAAUAUUGUAGUUUAUAACUCAUUUGUAAAAUCAAUUACAUUUUCAUUUUUUAAUAAAGUGUCUAAGAGUUA